UCUUCACGUACAGAGGGGAUUGGGAAGACUUCAUCUAUCACGUUGAUUAUUGACAAUGACCAGCAAAGCUUCUUGUCUUGUGUUAAUACGGAGUAUAAUAACUGUAUAAAGUACUAAAAUCCAAAAGCCACAGUUUUUGUCUGAAUGCUGCUGCUGCUGCCACGACUUAAUUUUAAAAUUGCGAUAGAGGAAGAUGGAAGCGGAAGCUCUGCUGAGCGAAGAGGCCGCCGGAGGCGAUUCCAACUCACGCAAGCUCAACCGGAGAGGCGCCUUCAACCGUCGCUCCGAUGCUAUUGUGUACGGAUCAUCUUAUCAGAUGGCCGCUGCUCUCGUUGAUCUUGCUGAAGAUGGAGUUGGUAUACCUGAAGAAAUCCUUGAGCAAUCAAAUUUUUCAACUGCUGCAAAGCUAUACUUCACUUUUAUCAAAUUUGAUUUAUUGUGGUCCCUAAACUAUUAUGCUUUAAUCGUCCUGAACUUUCUUGAGAAACCGUUGUGGUGUUCCAAGCAGUCAUUGCAUUCUUGUACUGAUAGAGAAUUCUACUUUUUAGGGCAGCUUCUGUACUUGACAAGCACUGAGGCUCUAGUAUAUGAGGUUUUUACUCUUGUAGUGCUCAUGACUCAUACUUUGUAUCCAAUAUCAUAUGAAGGCAUCCAGAUCUACUGGAUAAAUGUCACCAAUAGGCUGAAGGUCACAUUGUUGUUAGUUUUAACUGCGGACCUGUUGGCAUAUGUUUUGGCUUCAGCUGGACUAUAUUAUCUUCCAUUCAGGACUGCACAAUAUCUACGUGUUGCCUUUUUCGUUUUAAAUAUCAGAGAGUUGAGGGAAAGCAUCUACAUCCUUGCUGGAAUGUCUCGUACCUAUCUUAAUGUCAUGAUUCUCUCACUUCUAUUUCUUCUGUUCUCUAGCUGGUUAGGAUAUGUUAUCUUUGAGGACACCCUACAAGGGAAGACCAUAUUUACUUCGUAUGGCACAACAUUGUAUCAAAUGUUUAUUCUAUUUACCACUUCUAACAACCCAGAUGCAUGGAUUGCAGCAUACAAAGACUCUCGAUGGUAUUGUCUGUUUUUUGUUCUAUAUGUGCUAUUGGGUGUGUACUUUGUCACCAACUUGAUCCUUGCCGUUGUAUACGAUUCUUUCAAGAGUGAGCUUGUGAAACAAGUUGCUGAGAAGGAUCGCCUGAGGCUAAGGAUAUUGAAGAAAGCAUUUAGUUUGAUUGAUAAAUAUAACUCUGGGUUUCUCAACAAAGAACAAUGCAUCCGUCUAUUUGAGGAACUGAACAAUUACAGGACACUGCCAAAAAUAUCAAGAGAGGAUUUUGAGCUAAUAUUUGAUGAGCUAGAUGAUACUCGUGACUUCAAGAUUGAUUUGAGUGAAUUUGCUGAUCUAACCAACGCUAUCGCACUAAAGUUUCAGAAGGGAGAUUCUUCACCAUGUUUUGAAAGGUUUCCAAAUAUCUACCAUUCACCAACAUCAGAGAAGUUAAGGGAAUUUGUGAGAAGUUCAAAGUUUGAAUACGUAAUAAUGUUGAUUCUUGUCAUCAAUUUUGUUGCUGUUGUAAUUGAGACUACGCUUGAUAUAGAGGAUAGUUUGGCUCAAACCUCUUGGCAGAAGAUAGAGUUCGUCUUUGGGUGGCUGUAUGUGGUUGAGAUGACAUUAAAAAUAUACGCACAUGGAUUUGAAAAUUAUUGGAGGAAUGGCCAAAACCGCUUUGAUUUUAUUAUCACAUUGGUGAUAGUUAUAGGAGAAACUGCUACUUUUGCUGCUCCAAAUGGGCUAACCUUUCUAUCAAAUGGGGAAUGGAUCCGAUAUCUUCUUAUUGCAAGGUUGCUGCGAUUAAUAAGGCUCUUGUUGCUAGUUCGAAGUUAUCGUGCCUUUGUUGCCACAUUUUUGACUCUCAUACCAAGCAUUAUGCCAUAUUUGGGGACAGUAUUCUGUAUUUUAUGCAUUUACUGCUCUCUUGGUUUGCAGAUCUUUGGAGGGAUUGUGAAUGUUGGGAAUCCCAAAUUGAAUGAAACUGAUCUAGCUGAUAAUGACUAUUUGCUUUUCAACUUCAACGACUACCCAAAUGGAAUGGCCACGCUUUUCAAUUUAUUGGUGAUGGGAAACUGGCACCUCUGGAUGCAGAGCUACAAGGAUUUGACUGGGACUUGGUGGAGUUGUGCCUACUUCAUAAGCUUUUAUGUUAUAUCUGUAUUGUGGCUACUGAAUUUAAUUGUAGCAUUUGUGUUGGAGGUUUUCCAAGCUGAGAUGGAGCUUGAGACUUCAGCAAUGGAUGAGGAUGCGAAGGUGGCAGGAACUGGAAAGCACCAACCACGCACCGUUGGUGCAAAAACACGGAGCCAGCGAGUGGAUGUGUUAUUGCAUCAUAUGCUGAGCUCUGAGCUGCCACCACCACAACCACAUGGCUCCAGCUCCCUGUGAUUCUCUUCACACUACUUCCUGGCAGGUAGCGCAGCUGUUGUUUAUGAUGAUUGUGCAUAGUCAGGGAGUUCAAAUGCAAUGCUGUGAAUGUUUUUUCCAGUACACAUCUCAUUAGUCAUUAUACUUAACAAAUAUCCUAUUUCCUCUUCACAUGUAAAUUUACAUGACUAAGAAAUGACUUGACCAAGUGACCGGGUUACUAGUCAAUUCUCACAUGACGAAUUAGUCCGUAAUAAUGUACAUAUUAUUGCGUAGAAAGUAACUAUUUUCAUAAUAGUCAAUUAAUGAAAAUACUAUCUACUUAAUAAGCAUUUUGAACACAGCC